AUGUCGUCCGCUCACAAUCUCCAGCAGCACCCCGUGGUCAUUCAGGUGCGGGACAAGGCUUCCUACUACGUCAACCAGCUUGACAAGGAGCUUUCAAAACACAGCGCGUUUACCGCUUUCGAAAAGCGCACCCAGAUCCCCAAGAGCUAUGCCUUCCUCGUUGGCCUGCUUCUUGUCACCCUUUUCCACUCCGUUAACGUCCUCGCCGCCCCUGUCUCCAACCUCAUCGGCUGGGCCCUCCCUGCCUACUUCUCCGUCAAGGCCCUUGAAACCCCUGGUCACCAGGACGACAUCCAGUGGUUGACGUACUGGAUCGUCUUCGGCUUCUUCAACUUCCUUGAGAGCUUGGCCCUCGGUCCCAUCCUCUACUACUUCCCCUGGUACUUCGUCUUCAAGAGCUCUUUCAUCCUUUGGCUCCAGCUCCCCACCUUCCGUGGUGCGCAAUCGCUCUACGGUAGCGUCGUGAAGCCCGUCUUCGCCAACGUGCACUCGAAGGCCAACUCCGCUCCCACCACCGAGUCGACCGUCACUGCCGAUGGCCUGCGCGAGCGCGUGGCUACCGCGACCGAGUAA